GCCUCUAGCGCGCUAAUUUUACAUGCCUAUAAAAUGCUACUUUGUCGUUUAGCAUUAACAGUGUUUGUGAUUUUUUUACAGGGACAAUGUUUCUCAAGGUUUUAGCUUUAGCAGUGGUGAUUGGCGUUUGUUUGGCAUGUGAGGUUUCUCAAGACUGUAACGACAAGGAAGGAAGAAGUUUGUGUUACGAGAAAAAAUGCAGACGAGAUGUACCGUGCAAUAAAGACAAUGAUUGCUUCUUCUAUGGGGCCGCGGAUGUGAGCCAGGGAUUUCCACACCCAAGAUGUUACCUUAACAAACAUGCAGAGAGAGCACCAGGAUAUGGUGUUUGUAUGCUCAGUGAAUUUGCCGAUGGACUUAAGAGGAUUCCAGGUGGCGACGUCAUAGAUGUAAGAGAUGUCGAGAACAAAAUGACGAGCAUACGCGACACCUUAAACAAGGCUUAUUACAGGCUCAUCAAAAAGAAAUAAAGCGAUAAAUAAAAA